AUGUUCAAUUCAGUCUAUAGAUCAUUGCAGGAUAUAUUUCCACAUGUUGAUUCUAGGUUGUUGAGGGCUGUGGCUAUUGAACAUCCUAAGGAUGCUGAUAUUGCUGCGGAAAUUGUUCUUACAGAAAUCAUCCCAUCGAUUUCCAAGAAAUUACUUCCAGCGGCACCUUCAGAGGAUAUGAGCCCGAGAGUUGUAGUAAACCUGGAAGCGGCGUAA